UCGACGGCAGUGUGUUGUGAGAAGGAGGUGGUUGUUGUUGUGGUUGUUGUUGUGGUUGCUGCCGCUCUCCUCUCUACUACUACUACUACUGGUGGUUGUAAUUGUGGUAGUUGGAAUGGUAGUAGUUGUGGCACUCUUCUCAUCGGGCUAUCUUAAACGGUGAUGAACGCGCCAGGCUUCCAAUCCAGGAUGAUGUUCACCUCGCCACAUCUUCCAAUCCUACGUGUAUGAUUCGCUAAUCACAGAGAAAGAGUAUCCCUAAUUGACUGAUCACUGAGAGAGAGCGCGUCCACGAUUUGCUGAUCGACGACUGUAUGUACCAUGAUUCGCUAAUCGACCAGUGUGUGUGUGUGUACAAAGAUUCGCUAAUCACCAAGAGAACGUCCGUCAUGAUUGGCUGAUCGACGACUAUGUACCGUGAUUCGCUAAUCGACCAGUGUGUAUACAAGUUAGUAUAAGAUUCGCUGAUCAUUGAGUGAGUAUCUAUGCUUCGCUAAUCCCAAUAUGUCAUUGAAAGUGAAUUAAAACACAUUAAAAAAACUGAAAUAAACCAAAUAAAACAGAAAUAAACUUAAUAAACCAAUAAACGAGAGGAAUUACAAACGAAGAAUUAAAAAAACACGAAAAAACGCUUCACAAAAACACUGAGUGAACGUAAUAAAACUCCAAAAAACGCUCCACAACAAAACAAAAACAGUGAACGCAAAAAACAGAAAAAAACACGUUCUAAACCCAGAUAAAAAAGAACUUAACAUCGUGUGAGAGUAAAAAGAACGCAACAGAACUCUAUAUACGGAUAACACUACAUAAAAGAACGCUAUAAAACUCUCCAUAUAGUUAAAACGGAAGAAUUCAAUCCCUAUUUAUGUGUGAACGCUGAGAACUUCCAUAUAAGAUAAAAAGAGUUCUGGAUAUAUAUAAAUGACUACGAGAACGCAGAAUAGAACUUAAUAUCUAGGGAAAUAUAAAAGCUUGUAAGAAUUGUAAACGCAGGAAGAGAACGCUCAAAUAUCAUAUACGGAUAAAGAGAAUAUAUAUAUAUGAAAUUAUAUAUGAUGAGAACGCGAGAGAAUUCCAUUAAAUAGCAUUACCUUUGAGAACUCCAUAUAUGAAAAACACUUUAUAUAGAACCUAAGUGAGAACGCCAGAGACAAACAAAUACUAAGAACUCCCAUAAGAACGCCAAACAAACAAACAAACACACUCAGAACCCCCAGAAAAAGACCCCCCCCCCCCCCGCCCUACCAAGAUGGCUAACGUAUCACAGUUAAUCAGGAGACAAAGUUCCCGCGAGUUAUCGGUACAGAAGUCAAUAGAUCGUUUAGAACUAGAGUUAGAGGCGCGACUGGUGCCAACAACUGAGGAGGUACCAGAUUAUGGGUCCACUAACCAAGCCUUUGAGAGUACCACCCCUACCACUACCCCCCCUCCUAAGGCACCGAAGAAGGGGACGACGAAGGAGGUAUUAGCAGCGUUCGAGGGGGAGGAAAGAGAGUCGUGGGAUAGUAAGCUACAGUUCCUGCUGGCUACUAUAGGGUACGCUGUCGGGUUGGGCAAUGUGUGGCGAUUCCCUUACCUGGCCCAGAAGAACGGUGGAGGAGCGUUUUUAAUCCCCUACUUCGUGAUGUUGACGUUCUUGGGGUUACCGCUGUUCUACCUGGAGUUGGCGGUGGGUCAGCGUAUCAGGAAAGGUGCGCUUGGAGCUUGGCAUCAGAUCUCACCCAGUCUAGGAGGUGUGGGUAUCGCCUCAGCUGUCGUGUCCUUCUCAGUGGCACUCUAUUACAACACUGUCAUUGCCUGGUGUCUGUAUUAUCUGUUUCAGAGCUUCCAAUCACCUCUACCAUGGUCAGACUGUCCUCAUGCUAUUGGAGUCCACGAAGGCAACGACACACACCUAGCCCAUGAGUGUGAGAGAGCUGGACCCACGCAGUAUUUCUGGUACCGCGACGCCCUGGAUAUUACCGACGACUGUACGCAGUUUGGAGAGUUUAAUUGGAAGAUCGCUGGCUGUAUGGUUAUCGCUUGGCUUAUCAUAUAUGUCUGUAUCAUGAAGGGCAUUGUGGCUUCUGGUAAGGUGGUGUACGUGACGGCGGUGUUCCCUUAUCUGGUGUUGAUCAUCUUCCUCUGUCGGGGCCUCACACUACGGGGUAUGUCUGAUGGCAUCACUCAUCUGUUUACACCCAAGUGGGAGAAGCUUGAGGACCCGGUAGUGUGGCUGGAGGCUGGAACACAGAUAUUCUUCUCCCUCGGCCUCGCCUUCGGGGGUCUGAUCGCCUUCGGGUCAUAUAAUCCCGUGAAUAACAACUGCCUGAGGGACGCCGUGUUGGUCUCUAUUACCAACUGUUUUACUUCCAUGCUGGCCGGUGUGAUUGUCUUCUCUAUAUUAGGGUUCAAGGCUCACGAGACCCAUGACAGGUGCCUGGCAGAGAGGAACGCCACAGUAGCAGCUCUUCUGGAGGAGGCGCCGCCGGGGGUGGACCUGGCAGACAUCAUGGCAAGGAACAGUACCCUCCUACCUAUCUGUGACCUACAGGAAGAGCUGCAGAAGUCAGCAGGAGGGACGGGUCUAGCCUUCAUCAUCUUCACUGAGGCCAUUAACCAGUUCCCCUUCCCACCGCUCUGGGCUGUGUUGUUCUUCCUAAUGUUGUUUACCCUCGGUGCUGACUCCCAGUUCGGUACCUUGGAGGGCGUCAUCUCAUCUCUCAUUGAUCUUAAAGUCUUGCCUCAACUCAGGAAGGAGGCUGUGUCUGGUCUGGUGUGUUCCAUAUGUUUCGUCAUCUCGCUAAUCUUCUGCCAUGGAUCAGGUAACUAUGUGUUCCAGCUCUUCGACUCCUUCGCUGGCAACAUUCCCCUCCUGGUCAUCGGUCUCUUUGAGUGUCUCGGGAUCUCCUUCAUCUACGGGAUUAAAAGGUUCGCUAGUGACGUAGAACUCAUGUGUGGGUCACGGCCCUCACUCUACUGGCUGGUGUGCUGGAAGGUGCUGUCACCAGUCCUCAUGGUCACCAUCCUCACCGCCUCUAUAGUCAAGAUGAUUGUGGAGGGCAGCACUUACCUGGCGUGGGACUCAGACAACGGAGAAAGUCUUGAAAGACAGUGGCCGUGGUGGGGAUGGGUCGUGGCCUUCCUGCUGGUAAUGAUACCCCUCAUGUGGAUACCCAUAGUGCCCAUAGCUAACGCCAUCGGGUUCCCACUACUGACGGAGGAGGAGGCAGUGUGUUUCCCGGAGAAGGAGUUGAGGAGUGUACAGGAUGUUACCCCACAGAGGUUUACUGCACUGGAGCGAGCACUGCUGUGUCUCUCUGUCUCUACCGAGUCUCUUAACUCAGGAGACGGUGAGGGACAGAACGGACAGGGAGGAGGACGGGUCAACAGUAUACCCAGCAACAACUCCCAGCUGCCUCUACUGGGAGCAUCUGAGAACACUAACUAUAUCACCCCCAAGACCUCCAAGAAUGCCUCCAAACCCUUCAACGAGACGACCUCCUCCUCCUCCUCCAAUAACGCAGCACCAUCUACCGGGGGCCGUACAGAUCAGUUCCUCAACACCGAGAUGGAUGAUAAACCUCUAACUAGAAGGAAGAGUGAGGAAAGGAAUAAGAAGAAGGAGAAGAAAACGAAUAGGAAGAGCAUGUAGGAGACUUGGUAAAUCUAGAGGAGUAUCCCAUCAAAAUAUUGUUAGUGUUUUCUUUUUUUUGGGUUAGAAAUUUGUUAUCGAUUGGUAUUGUUAUUAUGACCAAUUUUUCUAUUUAAGGGCUAUUAAUUAAUUGUUAUGGUGUUUUUUGAAGUGUUUAUCUGAUCAAAAAGGUUAUUGAUCAAACUAUUAGUAUUUUUUUUUUAGUGGUUAAUGAUAAAAAGUAAUAUUACCCAUUUUCUUUUCUUUUUUAGGGAUUACUGAUUAAUGUAAUAAUCUCCGUUUUCUAUUUUAAGAGUAACUUGUUUAUUUUUGUAUAUUUAUUUUGUUUUGCUUUUAGGUGUAUGAAAAAAAAUAUAAUUCAAAGGUUAAUAUUAUUUAGGGGUUAGUGAUGAAAUAUUAACCCCAUUCGUUUAUGUUUUUUGCCAUAACGUCACUGUGAAAAGUUAAUUGUUUGUUAUAAUGUAAACAAUGAGAUAUUUUUGUGUGUUUUGAGUUGUUUACAUGGUCUUAUUAUGCAUGUACACUUUUUUACCUCCACACACACACACACACACACAAACACACACACACACAUUAUCAGGGCAUAAAGUCUCAAAGCUUCCAUAAGUUGUACAAAUUUCUAUAAUUUUUAAAGGCAUAAUCAAACUGAGCUUCCAUUAAGACAGUAAAGAUGGCGGCGCCUCUAAUACUUACCUUUACCUUGAGUUACCUGAGAUAAUUAUGAUGAUGUUCUAUAUAUUGAUGUACUUGGAUUACCUGAGGAGCCUCCGGUUAACUUUAUUUCACCUGAAGACUAACCACCCAAAUGUUAACUUCAUCUGAUCUAAUUUAACUUACGACGAUAAUUUAACUUAAUGGUGAUCUAACCUAACCCAAUCUAACUUAACCUUAUGCUAACCUAACCUAACCUACCCUACUGUAACCAAACCUACCCUGUCCUACCUCAUAUUCACCUAACCUAACCUACCCUACCCUGUCCUACCUCAUAUUAACCUAACCUAACCUACCCUACCCUAUCCUACCUCAUAUUAACCUAACCUAACCCCUCUCUCCCCAGGUAUAGCAUUAGGGUGGUUAAUCAUCAGGUGAAAUAAGGUAUGAGGGCUAAUUAACAGGUAAUCUAAAAAUAUCACUUUUUUUUAUUCAAUGAUUGUGUAUAAAACAAACACACAACAAACAAACAUAACGAGUUGAAGAAUACUGAAACUUGUGUAUAGAAUGACAGACAGACAGACAGAUAGACGAGCAGACAGACAGACAUACAGACAGACAUAUUUAAAUCGCUGUUGUAGACAUGUCACUGUAAACAACAUUAAUAAUACUAAUAGUUAAUGAAGUAUAUUUUUGUGGAAAUGUUGUGAUUUAGACAGAAAUUAGACAUAGAAAACUCGAUGCAUGUAUGUAUGUAUUUAAGUGAGCUCGUAUGUAUGUAUGUAUGUCUGUGUGAGUGCUUCCAUUAGAUCCUGCCCGAGUAUUACAUAAGAUGGUCAGUGUUGGAGAAGUACCACGAAUGUCUGGAAAAUUUUUAGCUUCGUGGUCUUGUUCGGGGUAAGCUUUUAACACUGGUUAUUUUUCACCUCCCCCCCCCUCCCUUACACAAUGUUGUAUGUAUAAAUAUGUCUGUUGUCCGCUGUUUGCUGGUUAUGUAUAAUUUUAAUGGAAUGUCGACAUAUCACAUUCUUUAUUAUCUCUCUCUCUCUCUCUCUAUCUCUCUUUCUCAUUAAUCUCUGCAUUUCCUCUCUUUUUUCUCUUACUUUCUUUUCGUAACUAUCUAUAAACGUCUCUCUCUCUCUCUCUCUCUCUCUCUCUCUCUCUCUCUCUCUCUCUUAUACCUGGACACACCCAAACUCCUCAAUCUUGCCUCAUAUACCUGUACAUUAUGACAGGUAAUUAGCAAGUGUUACCUGUACUUGUGUUGAUAAUGGCAAUACUAACAGGUGUAUUACAGGUAAGUUACAGGUGAUUAGUGAUUGUUACCUGUACUGUAUUAAUGACAAUAGGGUUAGCCAUAGUUUUAGUUAUAGUUUUAGCCAUAGUCUUAGCCAUAGUGUUUGAGUCGAAAUGCUUCCAGAAAUUAGACCUUUUCACAAGUCUUCGUCACGUUGAUCAGACAUAAGACAUAGUGUUUUGUAUUACUCAUGACUGAUCAGACAUACUUAUAGUGAUCAGACAACGUCAUACUGAUCAGAUAUCGUUAUCAAACACUACUUACAGAUGAAGUCUCGUAUCAUGUCUUCCUCGGGGGUACAUCAGCCAUAUGUCUGUCUGCCUCCCAAAGAUUCGAGCUUCACGUCACAUCUAAAUGACCAAUAACACCAUAUGUCUUCCUGUAAUGUCUCAACACCUCCUCUAGUCUUCCCUAGUCAUCAGACAUAGUUCAAAAUAUUAUUGUACACUGAUCAGACAUAAAGUCCUGUGCAAUGGUCAGACAUAAUUCGUGGUUCUGUGUAGUAAUCAGACAUAACUCCAAGCCAUGCAGGGAAUCGUUCAGACAUGGUUAUCCAGUCUUCCUGUGUACUAAUCAGACACAUUUUCAAGUCUUGUUACGUACAUAACCUGAUCAGACAUAGAUUCAUGUCUUCCUAUAUACCACUCAGUCAUGGUUGAUCAAAUGAAAUCCAGUCUUCUUAAUCAAUGAUCAGACAUAAUUCCAAGUCUUCCGAAUCAUUGAUCAGACAUAUGUCUUAAAAGUCUUCCUA